AUGACUAUGCCAAAGAUCAAUCUGGACCAGUACUUCCAGUACCACAAUCGGCUGGCCUCUUUUAUCGACUGGAAAAUCGACUGGGAAAUCAACGGUGACAAGCCAUCGCCUGAGGAUCUCGCCCGGGCAGGAUUCUUCUCCUCCACCGCGUCUGACUACAACCCCGACAACGUCAUCUGCCCCUACUGCAAGAUAGCUCUCGACAACUGGGAGCCCAAUGACGAUCCCAAGCGCGAGCACCAGUUGAGGUCCGGCAACUGUGACUUCGUGCUUGGCCGACAGAAGGUGCGAGACAUGGGCAAAGAUGCUGGCGCAGUCAACAAACAGAACGGUACGAGCGACGCCAAUCGACCGACCCAGGAUCGCCAGGAGCGGAUGGCUGGCUCUCCAGAGGCAACCAUUCUGGCUCAAGCGGGAUCCAGGGGGAACGGGGCGGGUCCAGCCCGUCGGAGGCGAACUGGGCGCCAGAGAAAGCAAACUGGUGGUAGAUGA